GACCCUCUCCCUUUUCCUAUCUCACGCACCCGCACCCCCGAGGACGAUGAGGUCGGCGGCGGCGAACAUGUCCCGUUGAGCUCCUCCCUACGCCUGCACCCACGCCUCCACCAGCGCCAGCGAGCUCGACCCUCUCUCCCCUCCGACGGUGGCCGUGGCAACAGCGAGGUAGGCCUCCUCCUUCUCCGACUACCACUAGAUCUAGAUCUAGAUCUAGAUCUGUAACCACCGGAGACGAGGUCGGCGGCGGUGAACGUGUCUCGUUGACCUCCUCCCUACGCCCGCACCCGCGCCUCCACCAGCGCCAGCGAGCUUGACCCUCUCUCCCUUCGACGGUGGCAGUGGCAACGGCGAGGCUUCCUCCAGUGGUGUAGCAGGGGCCGAAGCUUUCCUUCUUGGGGGAAAUGACGCUGCAGUGAUUUGCAGAGGGAGACGGAGCUGGCCGCUGGUGCCUUGGGAGUUGGGAUACGAUGGUAGGCCAACGUCGUGGCGCGCCGCCGCCCGGGCCUCGUCGCAUCACACGUUCCCAGAGCCGGGUGGACCGCAUCAGCGCACUCCCAGACGAACUGCUCCUCCAAGUCCUCACCCGCCUCCGCUGCGCCCGCACCGCCGCGCGCACUAGCAUUCUCGCCCGCCGGUGGCGCGGGGUCUGGACAGGCCUCCCGGAGGUCUCCUUCCGCGGGCUCGCGCCCGACGCGAUCCACGCGGCGCUCGCCCGGGUCACCCGCACUUCGCUGGAGGCCAUCGACAUCCACGUCUCCAGGGGAACAGGACGUCGCGCGCUGGACGCGGCCACCAUUACCUUCUUGCUCCACCACGCCGUCGCGGAUCGGUCGCCAUUGAAGCUCACCCUCACCAUCCCGGUCGACCUACCCCGCUACGAUGCCAACAAAUGGAUCGAGCUGCCGCGCUUCGAUCACGCUACAUCGAUCGAGCUGGACGUGCAGAACAUCCGCUUUGCCCUGUCGCCGGCGACGGAGUUCCCCAAGCUGGAGACGCUGUCCCUCUCGGGCUGCAUCAUGGACCUCGCCGUCUUGGUGCCCCGCUGCCCGCGCCUGCGUGUUCUUAGCGUCACCACGAGUCCACACAAGGUGGACACGAUCACGGUGCACUCGGAGUCGCUCCAGGUGCUCGCCGUGAGCACGUGCCGGUCCACGUCCACAAUCGACAUCGUGGCCCCCGCGCUCAGGAAGCUGACGCUGGCCUUGGGUUCCACGGGCAUAGACAACAGCUUGUCGGUGGUGGCACCAAUGGUGGAGGAGGUCACUUGGCAGUGCUUGUAUUACUCCAUGGUUGCGAUUGGCACAAUGUGGCGCGUCGGUUCCCUCAAAGUAUGGGCGGUGGAGAAGAUGGAGCUCACCGACGACGAGGAGGGUAGCCAUCAGCCCCGUCGUGCCCAUGUCCUGUCGCUGGGCAUACUUAGCACCCCUUAUCCUUCACAGAGGGAUUUUGCAGAAGACUUGAAGAAAAUCCCUGUUACCAACUUCUCUGUCCUGAAGCUGAAGAUCUCAACAAGGGGCCAUGUUCUUGGACCACUGCUGCUGAACCUGCUUCGGAUUUGCACUGCAGUGCAAAGGCUUGACAUGGUUCUUGUGGCUACCCCCGAGGUGCAAGUGACACAAUCUUGGUGGUCUUGCAAAGAAUUGUGUCCUUGUCAGGAGAAUAAUAGAGAAUGGAGAACUAAAACUACUAUCUCUGCGAUCAAUCUCACAGAAGUGAAUAUCAAAGGACUCAAAGGCAACGAGGAGGAAAUCCAUUUCCUCAAACUGCUCUGCAGAUGUGCACCGAUGCUUCAGACGAUGACUCUGAAACUGUCUAAAAAUGUCACUGAUGACUGGUACAACAUAUUCCUCGACACCGUCCAGGAGCACCCUUCUGUGAACUCCAAUGUUUUUUCUGAUAAUGGAACAAGGUUCCAGCCUCUACCGUCCAGGAACGGUACACAGCUGAAGUGAACUCCAGUGUUUGUAUCUCGGUUGAUUAACCCUAAACCCUAAUGGAACAAGGUUCCAGCCUCUACCGUCCGGGAACGGUACACAGCUGAAGUGAACUCCAGUGUUUGUAUCUCGGUUGAUUAACUUUUAGCAUGCUUCAAGCUACAGUAAGAAUCAUCGUUGUCAGUCGUUAACUUUUUUUUAUUUAGAGACUAGUCGAAACCCAAACCUUGUGGUUUAUCGUUGUUUGUGUCUUCCAUGUUGUAUGAAUUUUUAUCAGGCGUUGGAAACUGCCAUUGCUAUUUGCUAGAUCCCUACUUUUGUGCUGUGCGCAAAUCGCUGCAUUUCUA